AUGUCUAGUGGAACGAUAUUCAAGAAACAGAAGUUGAACCCAUCAGAUGGUAAAGGUCAAGCAAAACCAUGGGUUGAAAAGUAUAGACCAAGGAAAUUAGAUGAUGUUGCUGCUCAGGAUCAUGCCGUUACCGUCUUGAAAAGGACUUUACAGACUGCAAAUUUGCCACAUAUGUUGUUUUAUGGUCCUCCUGGUACUGGUAAGACUUCUACUAUUCUUGCUUUGACGAAAGAGUUGUACGGUCCCCAUUUAUCGAACAGCAGAGUUCUAGAAUUAAACGCGUCCGAUGAACGUGGUAUUUCGAUCGUCAGAGAGAAAGUGAAGAACUUUGCUAGGCUCACUGUGUCUAAGCCAUCAGAAUCAGACCUUGCGAAUUAUCCAUGUCCACCAUACAAAAUUAUCAUUCUUGAUGAAGCCGAUUCUAUGACUGCUGACGCACAAAGUGCGCUGCGUAGAACCAUGGAAACCUAUUCUGGUGUCACUAGAUUCUGUUUGAUCUGUAAUUACGUUACUAGAAUCAUUGAUCCCUUGGCUUCAAGGUGUUCCAAAUUCAGAUUCAAAGCGUUGGAUUCAUCCAAUGCACUAAGCCGUCUACAGUUCAUCGCUAACGAAGAAUCUUUGAAAUAUGAAGACGGUGUUCUUGAAAGAAUAUUAGAUAUUUCCCAAGGUGAUCUAAGAAAGGCUAUAACUCUGCUCCAAUCUGCAGCUAAGAUCGUGUUGCAGAACGAUGAUGCGAAUACUAUUACUUUGAAGCAUGCUAAUGAAUUAUCGGGGACGAUUCAUGAAGAGAUACUACAGGAUCUAAUCAACGUAAUAAAAGGAAAAGAUCUCAACAAGAUUAUUGAUAAGGUACAGGAAUUUGUUAACCAGGGAUGGAGUGCAGCUUCAGCAUUGACCCAAUUGCAUGAGUAUUACAUCAAGAAUGAAAGCUACGAUACAGAGUUUAAGAAUAAGGUAUCUUGGCUACUUUUCGAUAGCGAUUCCAAGUUAACCAACGGAGCUAGCGAGCAUCUUCAAAUGUUGAACCUAGCAAUGAAGGUAUCUCAAUUAUAUAACUAG